AUGACGUCCAUAUCAUUCAUAUUAUAUAUCCAUAUUUAUAUACAAUCAAUGGUAGUAACAAAGUUUGGAGGUAUUUUUAAUCUUUGGACAGAGCCAGGCUAGCUGUUAACUUCUGCUUCCAGUCUUCAUGCUACGCUAGGCUAAAAACAUUCUGACUGCAGCUCAUGAGUCUGAUAUCGAUCUUCUCAGCUCACUCCCAGAAAGAAAGCAAAUUAGUAUAUUUUACAAAAUGUUGGGAAAUGUCUUUAUUUUUCAUGAAGGAUUACAUUUUUUAUUUUGAUGAUACUUGUCAAAUAAUAUCUUUUCUUUUAGCAGACAGGUGACAGAGCAGCGUGGUGUGUGUGAUGAAAGCAGAACAUACUUACAGAAAGGAAGUGCUUACUGGCUCAGAUAAAAGAUAGUGAGUGUGGGAUCUGUAAUGGUUUGCAUGCAUCGACAGAAUAUACUUGUCAUGUGAGUAUGUGUGUCUGUGUCUGUGUAUGUGCCUGCACUAGGUUUGUGGCCGACAGACACUUCCUGUUUCUUGGAGGUUAGAUAGAUAAAGCAGCCACUUACUGUUUAACUCUAUCAUUCUGCUUAAGUCAACCAGACCGUCAAAAUGAAGAUAGCAGCCUUCAAUUGCAAGAACCUGGGGACGAAGAAGGUCACAGACAAGACUGUCGUCCACUAUCUCACCAAGAUCAUGUCCCAGUACAGUGUGGUGGUGAUACUGGAGGUGAUGGAUAAGAGCGGUGAGGCCAUGGAGAAGUUACUUCAAGAACUCAACAACACCGGCAGUGACAAAAAGAAAAAGAGUCUCUACACCAUGACCGCCAGCUCCCAGCUGGGAAGAGACACCUACAAGGAGCAGUUUGUUUGUUUCUACAGAGAGGAUGAGGUGACGCUGACGGCCACUUACCAGUAUGAAGAUAAUCAACUUGGAGAUGAAGAUGCCUUCGCCAGAGAGCCGUUUAUCCUGCGCCUCAGCUGUCCAACUACAGUUGUGAAAGACCUGGUUCUGAUCCCAGUCCACACCAAGCCAGACGACUCGAUGAAGGAGCUCGACGAGUUGCACGACGUGGUCAACGUCAUCAGGGAGAAGUGGAAAACUGAUAAUAUUAUGAUUUUGGGGGACUUUAAUGCAGAUGGACGCUAUCUCUCCAAGAGGAAGUUGGAAACGAUCCGCAUCCGCCCUGCUCCUUAUCAUUGGCUGAUAGCUGAUGACGUCGACACCACGAGUAGUAACUAUAAUGACAACACCUACGACAGGAUCGUGGUGUACGGACAGACCAUGCUGGACGCCAUCAUCCCCGGAUCAGCCAAGUCUUUCAACUACCAGCAAGAGUUCAACCUGACUGAUGAAACAACUCUCAGUAUCAGCGAUCACUACCCCGUGGAGGUGGAGCUGAAGAUGGAUCAGAAACACAAAGCACCGAGACAAAAGAGGGCAGCUCCUUCUCUUACAGAACCAAAGAAGAAGAAGGCUGAGCCAGCAGGAAGGAAGAAGAGGAGUACGACAACCAAAAAGAAGUCAACACAGUCAAAAAACACGCCAGCCAAGAGACAACGUCUCUGCAAAUGAUAUCUCGAUAUCUUGAUAUCAGUUGAGCAGAUUGAAUUUCAAGAUCUUGCAUCAAUAAAUCAUCUAAAAGUCGCAUUACUAGAGUUUUAACUCGCACUGCUUAAAAUGAUUUGGCUUCUUAAAGCUGAAAUCUUUCCACACACUGCCUCCGUCUUCAUAGGUGACUGUAACUAUUCUAUAUACUUAAAGAUGUAAAAAUUGUGUAAAUUGUGACUUUAUUGUCACUUUUAAGGUGGUCAGUGCUUGUGACAAGUCUAUUUUUUAUAAUAAUCGAUAAUCCAGAUGAAUGUAUGUAGCAACGAGAUUUUAAUAAAAGAAAAAAACAAAACAAAUGUAGUUUACAGACACCAGUAUUAAAUGGAAAUAUCAGUCAGAAUACAGCUAAAGAUUAAAAGAUAAAGGAUGUUUAUUGUAUAUCAUAAAUCUUUCUUCAGUAGUCAAUGACAGUCAUGAUAUUUUUUAUAUCUUUAUGUAUGAAAAACAAAAACAUUUCUAUUGUAUUUCAUGACUGAAUGUAAAGUUGAAAAGAUUUAGAAACUGCUAAAGCUUUGCCUAUGUGUAACAGUUUUAAUAA